GGCACCCACGCGACGUGGUGCACAUCAUACAAACAACACCAUGAUGAGCCUCGUCGUCCCCGUCGCCCUGGGGCUGGGGCUCCACGCCGCCCUCACGGCGCAGGCCAUGACCGCCCACCACCGCAGCACCGACGACGACGCGACCAAAGCCGAGGCGAGGCUCCUGGCCGCCGCCAUCGAGACAUCCCUGAAAAACGCGUUCCACCCGUUCUACAUCGAGUCCAACUUCGAGCCCGACGAGGACUUCAUGACCGGGCUCGAGGGGCUUGAGCUUGGGGGGCGCGUGCGCCGCGCCGCCGAGCCCGAGGGCAACGCCGAGGGCAACCCGGACGACGACGCGGAGGAGGUGACGGAGGAGGAGGCGGCGGGCGGCGAGCCGCCGGCGACAGGUCUGCGGCGAUGGGUCAUCCGCAUCCGCAACGUCAUGUUCGGCCGCCGUGAUCUGGAGGGCACUGAAGACGGCGAGGCGGAGGGCGAGCCAGAGCCCGGCCGCACAUGGGUAGAGAGCCUGGCCAACUGGUUCUCUCACGGCAUCAAGUCCCUCCUGCUCCGCUUCAGUGGCGGCUGCCCCGAGGAGGGCGGCGAGGCCGGCGAGGCCCCCGCCAUGGACGGCCCCAGUGACGACGAGGAAACGUGGAAAACCGCCCCGUCCUCCUCCCCGAGCCCCGUCCCGUCCUCUACCCAAGGCCCCUCUACCCCUGGCCCCGCCAGCCCCGCCGGCCGCUCUCCCAGAGGGCGCAAAGCUAGGCCCUCCGGCCGUGCCACCAGCACCACCAGCACCGCCAGAAGCGCGCCGGAGCCAGAGGCCGAGCCCGAAGCCACGACGCCGAGGCCGUGGACAGCGCUUCCGCCGCUCUCGACGACUCCAAGCGACGCCGCGGACUCAGACAGCAUCGCCCCCGCGCCGAGGGAGGCCACUGCCAGCGCAGCGCCGGCCGGCACCGUCUACGACGACGAGGCGUUCGGCGGCUCGCACAACGCGCCCCCAGUCGAGACCAACGAGCUCAACUAGCAGUGCAGUGGACGACGGUUGACCGAUUGGCACGUGGAGGCCAAGGCGAAGGUGGAAUGGGCCUUCCCUCCUGCCCAGAGUAAUCCCUGACAUACCUGACUGACAUUAAAAAAACUUCCGAGCUUUCAGUAUCCCGACGAGUAAUCCCGUUUGGCUUGAUUGGUUUUCAAAUCAAAUAUACAUCAAUUUUGGUCUCUGC